AUGGCGAAACCGUCCGCAGUCGACCAGCCAGAUGGCGCUGGACUGCGAGAGAGAAAGACGAAGACGGUAGAAGAGCCUGUCAAGCCGUCUGCCACGAGUGGUGACGGUGGUGCUGCUCAGACGAAGAAGAAGACCAUCGGCAGGACGCCAGACGGGACCGCAUUCACUGUUCCGCAUACCCGCGACAUGGUCUCCCAGCUGCUCUCUCCGUCCGAGCCAAAGAACCUGUCGGACAUCCUCGUCCUGUCCAUCAUAGGCCUGCACAUCGUCCUGCUCUAUCUGCUGCCCUCCUACUUCCGGAUCCCCAUCUUUGCCGUCCUCUUCCUCUCCUGGCGCGCUGCCUACAACAUAGGGAUCGGAUGGCUCCUCCACAUGCAGUCGAACCACUCUACCAUGGUCCUCUGGGCCCGUCAGACAAAGAUAUUCGUCAAUCCGGCCACGGGGAAGAACCCCCACCCGAAGCUGUACAGCUUCAUCAAGCGUGAGCUCGAGACCAAGAUACCGGAAGACUACUCCUUUGAGGAUGCGCCGAUCGAGUACAACACCUGGCUGGUCUUCAGGCGGGUGGUCGACCUCAUCCUCAUGUGCGACUUCACCUCCUACUGUCUCUUCGCCAUCGCCUGUGGCUCGCGGCCGGCGGAGGAGAACUUCCUCGUCCUCAUCCUCCGCUGGAUCGUCGGCAUGGGCCUCGUGCUCUUCAAUCUCUGGGUGAAGCUGGAUGCGCAUCGUGUCGUCAAGGAUUUCGCCUGGUAUUGGGGUGAUUUCUUCUAUCUCGUCGACCAGGAGCUGACCUUUGACGGAGUCUUCGAGAUGGCCCCCCACCCCAUGUACUCUGUCGGAUACGCUGGUUACUACGGAAUCUCCCUCAUGGCCGCUAGCUACAAGGUGCUCUUCAUCUCCAUCCUCGCCCACGCCGCCCAGUUUGCCUUUCUCGUCCUGGUCGAGAACCCGCACAUCGAGAAGACGUACAAUGCGCCCCCGCCGAGGAAGAGAGUCCUCGAGUCCCAUGCUGCCGCCGUUACCGCCAAUGGCGAAGAAAAGUUCAGUCGUAGAUCCUCCGAUAGCAGUGACAUGGCACCACCUCCGUCUCCCGUUGCCCUGCCGUCUUCCACCCAUAAUCUCGUGGGAGUGAAGAACCUGGACCUCCACCGUAUCACCGACUCGUCCGUCAUCUUGAUCCAGCUGCUCUUCUUUGCCCUUACAAUGCUCACCCCGGCAACCCCCAUCUACCAAUUCUUCUUUGUCCUGAACGCGGCCGUCUGGCGACUCUGGUACUCUGUCGGAAUCGGUUACAUCCUCAACUGCCAGUCCCACAGACGAGAAUGGACCAGGCACUUCGUCAAGUUCGGAGAGACCAAGGAGGAGGCAUGGAACCAGUGGAAGGGCACCUACCACCUUAGCAUGACCCUCUGCUACGCCAGCUUCAUCGCCGCCGCCUGGAAGAUGUACACCCUCCCGGAAAACUGGGGGUACGGCCUCGCCAUCCUCAAGCACGUCCUCGGCGCUGGCCUGAUUGCGCUACAGAUCUGGACUUCGGUCAGCAUCUACGAAUCCCUGGGUGAAUUCGGCUGGUUCUUUGGCGACUUCUUCUUCGACGAGGCGCCCAAGCUGACCUACAGCGGCAUCUACCGGUUCCUCAACAACCCGGAGCGUGUCCUCGGUCUGGCCGGCGUCUGGGGUGCGGCUCUGAUCACCAGCAGCCGGGCCAUGAUCUUCCUCGCCCUGCUCAGCCAUACCUUGGGCAUCGCAUUCAUCCAGCUCGUCGAGCGCCCUCAUAUGCAGAAACUAUACGGCCGCGGACUCAGACAGGACGCCGGACUGGUGCGGAGUAUCAAACGCUCGCUUCCCCCUUCGUUCAAACAACUGCACGGUAGCGUCGACCGGAUUCUGGACGAGUCGAUCGAGUUUAUCGAGGAGGUCCUGGACACCGCCCGACCAAAGCUCGCGGCCGGCGUCACCACCUUCGUCAAGGACACCAGCGAGCUAUUCCACAAGUACCCUGCUCGCAUCACCAUCACCCGCAUCGAGCCCGACGUUGCCGGCUACGAUAUGAACGACUACUCCCUCAGCGUGGACACGGCCGACUGCAUCACCAUCAAAGACGGCGCAGAAGACAAAUCCGAGGUCCCCGUCUUCGAAUACGGCUCUCCCAUCAAGAUCAGCUGGACCGCACCUCUGAACCAUAGCAAGAAGGACUGGGUCGGUCUCUACAUGAUUGGCCAGAACCCGUCCCGCGAGGUCACCAAAGUCUCCUCCUGGGGUCGGUGGGUAGCUACCAACGAAGGCUCCUUUGACUCCGUCCUCAGCGAGAAGGGCCUGCUAACCAGCGACACCGUCGUUUCAAAACCCGAUUCGGCCAACGCCAGCGCCAACAACAGCAAGAAGUCCGGCAAGUCAAGGAAGAAAUCCAGCGCUCACGAGGUGGCAUCUGGCCAGAUGGUCUUCUCCGGCGAUAAACUAUGGUGGACCCAGGGCGUGUUCGAGUUCCGCUACCACCACAACGGCAAGCACAAUGUCAUGGCUACCUCGCGGCCCUUUGAGAUCCGCAUCCCCAAGUUUGACGACGAGCAUAUUCCCAGCCAUCUUCCCCCCAAUGGCGGCGGUUUCAUGACCACGGCAGUUGAGCAGGCUCUGCUACCCAUCGUUCAGAACUGCUUCGAUAGAGAUCCGGAGAUCUCGCCGCAGACUGCCGAGGAGCCGUUUGGAUGCGAGACCGAGAGCGAUCUCAAGUACGCUAAGAGAGUGGUCUACGCCGUGCAUCAGAUGUUUGGAAUCGAGUUCGCUACCGAAGUCGUUCGUGCUGAUGGGAAUGUACAAAAUCUGGCGUGGAGGCAUGCGCAAGUCAAACGGCGCGAGCACACCUACUCCCGAAGCCGAGCCAUGAAAUAG